AUGAAUCAUAAAAAAUUUGGGUUGGCAGCAUUUUCUAAUCCUAAUGAUAAGGGAUAUGCAGAUAUUGGAUCGAAUGUCUUAAAUAAACAAAAUGAUGAAUUAAACAAUCAAUUACAAAUCUUUCAAAAAAGGUUAAUUGAAUUUGCAAAAAAACAUAAUGCUGAGAUUAAAGAAAAUCCAGAAUUUAGAUCGAAAUUUAUAAGAAUGUGUUCUAUUAUUGGUAUAGAUCCAUUACAAUUAUUUGAUAAAGAUAAACAUUUAUUUAACGUAGAAGAUUUUUAUUAUGAAAUCUGUGUUAAGAUAAUUGAAAUCUGUAGAAAGACAAAAGAUGUUAACGGUGGUAUAAUAUCUUUUGAUGAAUUGUUAAAUAUAUAUUUUAAAGAUAUUAGAAAGAUUAAUAAAGAAGAAUUAGAAAAAUCUAUAAAUAUGAUAAAAUCUUUGGAUGGUGGAUUUGAAAUAUUUGAAAUUAGAGGUAUAAAAUUUUUGAGGAGUGUACCGAAUGAAUUAACUUCUGAUCAAACAAAGAUUCUAGAGAUAUGUUCUAUAUUGGGUUAUUCUAGUAUAUCUUUAUUAAAGGCAAAUUUAGAUUGGAAAACUAUUAGAAGUCGAUCUGUUUUGAAAGAAAUGGUAUCGAAUGGGCUAUUAUGGGUCGAUGAGCAAGCAGGCAAUGAAACUCUCUAUUGGGACCCUUCCUAUAUAACACGUAAUAUGGAUACUAGAAACACUCAUAUAUAG